AUGCAAUCCUUUCGCAAAAUUUGGAAUAAACCUCGGCCAGAUGAUUGGAUGCCUUUGUCAAGGUUCUAUUAUGCAGAUGCCGCGUUAAACGAUAUUGGUGGGUUUUGAAACCAUCUGUCAGCAAUUUAAAAUUGAAUUAUUUUAAAAAUGACAAUUUCUCUCUGACGUAGUGUUAGAAAAAACCGGCAUCCUAAUAUUUGCACUGUGUUUUUUGUCAUUUCUGUCUCCGACACAAAAAAGGCUUGGGAAAAAAUGUAAAUAAAAAAAGUACUAUUUUUCGAUUAAAAGUGAAACCAAAACAAAAACAAGAGUGUUUUUCAGCAAAGUGUUUGUCUUUUUUUCAGCCAGCGAAUUGGAUUCUUUUGAUGGUAGGCGAGACCCGGAUCGGUGUAAUGCAUUGGUGACAAGAUUACGUGUUGCACAGGAUAGAGUUCUUCAUAUUAUCAGUAAGUGGGGGUUGGAUUAUUUUUCGGAUUAUCCUUUAAAGGAAAUGAAAGACAAAUCUUUGGAGCUAGGGUAAAGUAGAUGCAUAAGCGCGGCUCAAGAGGAAACAAAGUGCAUGCUGAAAAGCGCGCACUUUUUUUGAACUCGAAUUCUGCACUUGUGAUUCACUGAAAUACUACGAUCGGACUAGAUGAACUACAUACAUAUUAUAUAUCUAUUUUUCCUUUUCUUGUCUUGGGAAAAAUAAAAAGUACAUUUUAUUCUUUAUUUUUCUGGAUGAAUAUCAUCAUUAUAGAAAUUCAAUUAAAAGAAUUUCGAAAUGACAUACAUAUACAUAUAUAAUGGGAAAACCUUAUUAACGUAGCAAUUUUUGGGAGGAAGGAAGGAAGGAAGAAGAUUGAUUAAAUUGCAGGCUCCUGUCAAAAAAAUUGGAUUAGAAUUUUUCUUUGAAAACAUGGAAAAUUCUUGUUUUUGGCAAUGAUUAAGCUAGUUUGAAGUUUUCUAGGAAAAAAGAUGUUGUUUAGAAAAAAAAUGAAUCACUUCAAGAAAACAACAAUUUAUUUUUUUUUGUCUUUCGUUAUUAUUAGUACAUUUUCAUAUAGCGAAAAUCUAUAUAGAGAACAGGAGAAAAAACGAAUUAGCGUUCGAAAAAAGUCUUCUAAUCAUCCAAAUGAAUACAUAUAUAAUUGUAAAUCGCUGACGUCAUGAAACAAUUGUUUGGUCUCUUGAAAAAUAAUUCCCAUGUUACUUUUUUUUCGGCUGACCACAAAAAGCAAGAAUUCUUUCUGAGGACCCGACCCUUAUCCUGUUUUUGUUUUUCUCUCCUCUUCUUCUUCUUGUUCUCACUCAAUCGUACAUCUUGCAUAAUUCAUAGUUUACUUUUUUUUGGAAGUUCCAAAGUUUUGUACGCAGAGGAAAAAAAAGAAUGGGUAAAAACUAAACUCUCAACUCGAAAAUCUUUUUUUUCAGCUGAAAUGCUUAUUCAAUUAUAUCCAAGAGAGUUGGAUCGAGCUUGUCGAGAUUUUCGUGUAAAAUUUCCGGAUGAAAUUGUGCAUGAUACUUUGCCUGGACAACUUUGGUUUGGAGCAGAGGUUUGUUUGAGAAAAAUUAGCUAUGGAAGUAAUGUUUUUCUUUGAAGUGCCUUGCUGCUGGAUCAAAUAUAAUAGAUCAUGAAUCAGAAUCUGAUCAGAUACGACCUUUAGCACGAGAAGUUACAAAACAACUAGAUUUAUUGAGGGAUUUAUUGAAAAAUCAGUCCCUCCGAGAUCCAACCGCUUAUAAUCCAGUUAUCAAAGACAAUUUACUCAAAUUUGAUAAAUUAUUUGCAGAAUUUGAAUAUCAGUAAGUUUCUAGAUACAAAAAAAACAAUAAUUUUCAAUAAUUUUCUGUUCAGAUAUGUGUCUGCGAUGGUUCCAGUGAAAUCAAUCAAAGAACAUGAUUCACAACUCGAUGUCGCUGUUCUUUUCUCCGAAGUUCUUUCUUUGGCACUUGAUAAAACUUUGAUAACUCAAGAUCUCAUCGAUUAUUGUGAUCCAUCUGUAAUGAUUGCUAUCCCAAGAUUGGGAAUUGUUUGGGGACUUUUGCUCUAUUCACAAGGAGCAUUAAAUGUCGAUGGACCACAAGAAAAUCUCUCGGAAAUGUUCAGACCAUUCUUCUCAUUGUUGGUGAAAAUUAGGAAUUUGUUGAAAAUUUUGACAAAAGAAGAAUUGACAAAACUUGAGACUGUUUUAUGUAAAGGAGAAUCGUCAUCAGAUGAAUCAUCGACGAGUACUUUAACAAUGUCUGAUUUUCGGACCGGUGGAACUGAUGAAGAACGGGCAAAAAGUAAUAGCGUACGGGUUUGGAUGUGCGAUAUGCCUGAAGAUUCUGGUGAAAGUUCAGUUGAUGAAGAAGAUGAUAUUGAUGACGAAGAGCAACCAGAAAUCAACAAAGAUUCCGAUUCGAUGAGCACAUCAUCCGAUUCUGAUGUUGAAUGUGAUAGUGAAGUGGAACCAGAAACUUCAAAAGAUCCCAGAUUCCCACCAGACCCAAAGAAUUUGCGAUCAAGAUUCCGAUCUUCAGAAGAUCUUGUUCAUCGACUUUUUGUAUGCAUCGCUGGUGUUGCAGAUCAAUUACAAACAAAUUAUUCGAGCGAAAUUCGAAAAGUUUUGAAAUUGAUUCUUCAACCAAGCGAAAUUAUUCCAGUUUAUGAGGUUUGUUUGAAAAGUUCUAAACAUUUUUUCAUCAAAAAAUGUAUACAAAAUAUUGAUUUUUUUGCAGGUUCAUGCUCAAACUGCCACUUCUCCAACCGAAGGAGAAGAAACUGGUGUCGAAGUUCAAGAAUCACUUCCCCUUCCUGCAUUUAUGGGUAGGUUUUUUUUUGUUAUGAAUGAUUUCCGUUUUCAUGCCCUUAUAGAUUUAUCCUUAUGGAGGUUAUUAUUUGUCAUCCACUUUCCAAACCGAUGGGAAAAUAGAAGAAAACUUGAGACAAAAUAGAUUUUCUCAACCUUUAUGAAUAGUGUUUUACUAUUUUCCCAGCGUUGAAAAGAGAAUAAAUAAAAUUUCCCCAUUUUAAUACACAUUUACAAUUAAUACGAACUAAAUAUUUUCCCUCAUGUUUAACUGCUUCGAACACUCAUCUAGUAAUUGUAUAGUUUAUCCAGGGGUUCGAUGGGUACCGGAUGAAGAUUGUGAACAAUGCACAGCAUGUUCGACGCCGUUCAAUUUUGUGAGAAGACGUCAUCAUUGUCGUAAUUGUGGUCGUAUUUUUUGCCAUCGUUGCUCAGUCAACUCAAUUUGUAUUCCAGAACAUGGAUAUGAUAGAAAAGUGAGUUUGAAAAAACAAAAACAAAUUAAUCAACCCAAUUAUUUUUUUUUCUAGGUACGUGUUUGCAAUUUAUGUUAUGUUCAUCGAUUAAAUCCAUUUGGAUGUGAUCCGAAUCAACCACAAAAUCCGGCUGCAAUUAGCACAACAAGUGAUGACCAUCAUCAUCAUCAAUCUACCGCAACAUCUACUUGA